GGACUUCCCGUUCGCGUACAAACUUGUUGGCCCCACUUCAGCGACUUGUUCGUUCCCUCGCCACAGCUGACAGGGAAAGGAGAAAAGCGAGAGAGAGUGAAAAGGCAACCCUCGCUCUAGCUCUGAGGUGUUCGUUGGUUCGUUCCGUAAAUGCGGCUCGUCGGUGGCUAGGAAGCAGCGGCGGCAGGCAACCUCGGAAAGAGACAGCCACUUUCGAAAACGCGUUUUCCCUUCCCAGGGCGUGGUACGUCGCGCGCAGCAAGAUCCGACAACUAUUCGGCUACGCACGCAGCGUGCCGGAGUGUCUUCGGCAGACCGGCAGUGAACCAGACAGUGUUCCGCCCUCCCUGGAUUCACAGGAAUCUUCAGGAUCGUGUAUCGUGCCCGUGUUUGUUGUGAGCUCGGCUGUGAAGUAGACGUGGUCGGUGUUGGGGUGGGCCGAUGGCCAUCACGGUGACGGAGAGGUCCGAAGGGCCGACCAAUGGUCAGAUACCCGGCACGGACAGCUCGCCUUUGCAGCAGCAGACCGAUGGAAAUGCCAGCUUCUUACGGGCUGCCCGGGCUGGCAACCUGGAGAAGGUCUUGGAGUACCUUAAGGGCAGCAUAGAUAUCAACACUAGUAAUGCAAAUGGGCUGAACGCUCUCCACCUUGCGGCUAAGGAGGGCCACGUGAACGUUGUGAGUGAGCUGCUCAAGCGUGGAGCCAACGUCAAUGCUGCAACCAAGAAAGGGAACACAGCUCUGCACAUAGCGUCGCUGGCGGGCCAGGAGGAGGUGGUGAAGCUUCUGGUGGAGAAGCAGGCCAACGUGAAUGUGCAGUCGCAGAGCGGCUUCACUCCGCUCUACAUGGCUGCCCAGGAGAACCACGACGCAGUGGUGCGCUUCCUCCUGGCACACGGCGCCAAUCAGAGCCUCGCCACUGAGGACGGCUUCACGCCGCUGGCAGUGGCCCUCCAGCAGGGUCACGACAAAGUGGUGGCGGUGCUGCUGGAGAACGACGCACGGGGCAAGGUUCGCCUGCCCGCGCUGCACAUCGCCUCCAAGAAGGACGACUGCAAGGCCGCCGCCCUGCUUUUGCACAGCGAGCACAACCCGGACGUCACCUCCAAGAGCGGCUUCACCCCGCUGCACAUUGCGGCGCACUACGGCAACAGCAACAUCGCCUCCCUGCUCCUCGAGAAGGGGGCCGACGUCAACUUCCCCGCCAAGCACCAAAUCACUCCACUUCACGUUGCUGCCAAAUGGGGAAAGAGCAACAUGGUGAAGCUGUUGCUUGAGAAAGGGGCCAAGAUGGAUGCUUCCACCAGGGAUGGACUGACGCCUCUGCACUGUGCGGCUCGCAGCGGUCACGACCAGGUGGUAGAGCAACUGUUGGAGAAGAAUGCCCCCAUCACUGCCAAGACCAAGAAUGGCCUGGCCCCACUUCACAUGGCCUCCCAAGGAGACCAUGUGGACAGUGCCCGCAUCUUGCUCUACCACAAGGCACCUGUCGACGACGUCACCGUGGACUACCUGACGGCACUGCACGUGGCCGCCCACUGCGGCCACGUGGGAGUAGCCAAGCUACUGCUGGACCGGAAGGCCGACCCGAACGCGAGGGCGCUGAACGGCUUCACCCCCCUGCACAUUGCCUGCAAGAAGAACCGCAUCAAGGUGGUGGAGCUGCUGCUCAAGCACGGAGCUUCCAUCGAGGCCACCACCGAGUCUGGGCUGACCCCGCUCCACGUGGCGUCCUUCAUGGGCUGCAUGAACAUCGUCAUCUACCUGAUCCAGCACGGGGCCAACCCAGACAUCCCGACGGUCCGCGGGGAAACUCCGCUGCACCUGGCAGCACGUGCCAACCAGACGGACAUCAUACGCAUCCUGCUGCGCAACGGGGCGCAUGUCGACGCCAAGGCCAGGGAGUUGCAGACGGCGCUGCACAUAGCGUCCCGGCUGGGCAACGCCGACAUGGUGGGCCUGCUGUUGCAACACGGAGCGGCUGUGGACGCCCCCACCAAGGACGCCUACACCCCGCUGCACGUGGCUGCCCGGGAAGGACAGGACGAAGUGGCCGCCCUUCUGCUAGAUCACGGCGCAGCCCUCGCAGCACCGACCAAGAAGGGCUUCACCCCACUACACCUGGCUGCCAAGUAUGGAAACAUCAAGGUGGCCAAGCUGCUCUUGCAGAAGGAUGCACCUGUGGAUGCACAGGGCAAGAACGGAGUGACCCCCCUGCACGUGGCGGCCCACUACGACCACGUCAACGUGGCCCUGCUGCUGCUGGAGAAGGGGGCGUCCCCACACGCGGCGGCCCGCAACGGAUACACCCCGCUGCAUGUGGCGGCCCGCAAGGACCAGAUGGACAUUGCCAGCUCCCUGCUGGAGUACGGGGCCCGCCCUGGGGCAGAGUCCCGAGCUGGCUUCACCCCGCUCCACCUGGCCGCUCAGGAGGGACACGCCGAUCUGGCUGCCCUCCUCGUGGAGCAUGGCGCCGAAUGCGACGCCAAGGCAAAGAACGGCCUCACCCCCCUGCACUUGUGCGCCCAAGAAGACAGAGUGAAUGUGGCGGCCAUCUUGGCCAAGAGUGGGGCCACCAUUGACCCCACCACCAAGGCUGGCUACACACCACUGCACGUGGCAUGCCACUUUGGACAGACCAACAUGAUCCGGUUCCUGCUGCGACAGGGAGCCAACGUCAAUGCCACCACCACGCAUGGCUACACUCCCCUGCACCAAGCAGCUCAGCAAGGACACACACUCAUCAUCAACCUCCUUUUGGAGCAUCGAGCCUCUCCCAAUGCCACCACCAAGCAAGGGCAGACAGCGCUUUCCAUCGCCCAGCGCUUGGGCUACAUCUCAGUUGUGGAGACUCUCAAGGUGGUCACGGAGACCACAGUGACCACCACCAUCACAACGGUGACCGAAGAGAAGUACAAGGUGGUUGCCCCAGAGACAAUGCAUGAGACCUUCAUGAGCGACUCCGAAGACGAAGGAGCGGAAGACAACAUGCUGGGGGACCAGUCCUUCCGAUACCUUACUGCCGACGAAAUGAAGUCUCUGGGCGACGACUCCCUGCCCAUCGACGUUACCAGAGACGAACGCCUCACGGAGUCCAUUCAUGUCGGCCGAGAGCCUGGGCAUGUAGCUCCGCUGACCCAGGAGGAAGAGCGGCUCUCUCCAACGCAAGCCCACCAGACGGAGGCAGUCUUCGUCGGCAACUACGCUCCCGACAACGUGGACAUCUCCAGGACACCCAUCCAUGCUGGCUCCCUGAUUAGUUGGGACGGCGAUUCCUGCUCUUCCUCUUACCUGCUGUCACCCUCAAAACGCAUGUGGCGUGAAAGUAGCAAGCUAAAGUGGAAGACGUUCCUGGUGAGCUUCCUGGUGGACGCCCGUGGCGGGGCCAUGCGCGGCUGCCGCCACUCCGGCGUGCGGGUCAUCAUCCCGCCCCGCAAGGCCCAGAUGCCCAUGCGCAUCACCUGCCGCUACCUGCGCAAGGAGAAGCUGCCCCACCCGCCUCCGCUCCUCGAAGGGGAGGCCUGCGCCUCCCGCAUCCUCGAAGUGGGGCCUGCCGGGGCCAAGUUCCUCGGCCCCGUGAUCCUGGAGGUGCCUCACUUUGCCUCGCUGCGUGGCAAGGAGCGCGAGAUCACCAUCCUGCGGAGCGACAAUGGGGAGACAUGGAAAGAGCACACACUGGAGGCGUCCGAAGAGGCCGUGCAGGAAGUCCUCAACGAGAGCUUCGAGGGAGAAGAACUGAGUGCCCUGGAGGACCUGCAGACCAACCGCAUUACGCGCAUCCUCACGACGGACUUCCCGCAGUACUUUGCGGUGGUGAGCCGCACCCGGCAGGAGGUGCAUGCUGUGGGACCCGAGGGCGGCAUGCUCAGCUCCACGGUGGUGCCCCAAGUGCAAGCCAUCUUCCCAGAGGGGGCCCUGACCAAAAAGAUCCGCGUGGGACUGCAGGCUCAGCCCAUCCAGCCCGAGUUGGUGACCAAGCUGCUGGGUCACCGCGUGGCCGUGAGCCCCAUAGUCACGGUGGAGCCCCGGAGGCGCAAGUUCCACAAACCCAUCACCCUGACCAUCCCAGUGCCGCAGGCUGCCACCAAGGGCAUGAUCAACCAGUAUGCCGGGGAUGCUCCCACACUCCGCCUCCUCUGCAGCAUCACAGGUGGUGCCAAUAAGGCACAAUGGGAAGAUGUCACAGGAUCUACGCCUCUCACCUUCGUCAAUGACUGCGUCUCCUUCACAACAACGGUAUCUGCAAGGUUCUGGCUGAUGGACUGCCGGCAAGUGAGCGAGGCGACCAAGUUUGCGACGGAGCUGUACGCAGAGGCGAUUCACGUGCCAUUCAUGGCCAAGUUCGUGGUGUUUGCCAAGAGGCAGGACCCCAUGGAGGCGCAGCUACGGGUGUUUUGCAUGACGGACGACAAGGAGGACAAGACCCUUGAGACGCAGGAGCACUUCAGCGAAGUGGCCAAGAGCAGGGACGUUGAGGUGUUGGAGAACAAGUCCCAGUACUUGGAGUUUGCGGGCAACCUGGUCCCCGUGACCAAGUCCGGAGAGCAGCUGAAGCUGCACUUCCAGGCAUUCCGGGAGAACCGGGUACCCUUUGUGGUACGCGUCAAGGACAUCCACCAGGAGCCCCUGGGACGGGUGGCCUUCAUGCGAGAGCCUCGGGCUGCGCGCACCGAGCCGCCUCAAGUGCCCCUGUGCAACCUCAACAUUGCCCUCCCUGAGUUCGAGGCGUCCCGAGCUGUGUCUGAACUCGUCACCUUGGAGAAGAAGUAUGGCUUUGUCGAAGAGACCGGGCUAGCCAAACCAGAACUGAUCCAUCGGGCGGACCUGCGACUGUCCGACAUAGCGCGAGAGCUCGGCGCAGACUGGGUGCCCCUGGCGGCGCAGCUCGACGUCCCGGACCAGGACGUCAGUUCCAUCCGGAGCGAGUGCCCCAGCGACCUGGGACAACAGGCCCUACUUAUGCUCCGCCUCUGGAUGAAGCGUGCCAACACCAAGGCCACUGGCAACAACCUGGAGAAAGGCUUGCGAAGGAUCAAUCGCGAGGACAUUGUCAACAAGUGCAUGUUCAACGUGGAACUUGUCACUGACGACGUAGAAAAGGCCGUUGCCAAAGUUCACCUCGACCAGUCCGGGUUCGACACUUUCCGAGAGGAACUGGGGGCUCCCAAAACUUCAUCACUGAAGAGGGAUGCUUCCUUGGAUGUCUCUUACGACGAACCAGACCUCAUGAAGGAGGCCGAGUCGGCUGAAGAGACGAGUAGCGAGACUGGAUCGGUCCAAGACAGGCACGCAAGUUCGGAGGCUAAGGGGCAAGGCAAGGGCUCCAGGAAGGGAUCCCCCAUCUCGGCCGUUCUGGGGCGCCUGGUUCGAGGAAGCUCGAAGGAGAAGGCCGCCCCCACGAUGGCCAUUGCCGAAAACUUUGACGAAGAGCCUACCACGCCGAAGCGAGAGCGCUCAGAAAAGAUGAAGGAAGGCACGAUCAGGGAGGCAAGUCCCGUUGCCACACCACCGGAUAGCAAGAAGAAGAGCAAGAAGGAAAAGAGCCCCCCAUUGCCCGCAAGCCCCCCCUCAGAUAAGUCGGAUACUAAGAAGUCUGGUCACGGUUCGCCACGUUCGGGCUCUCUAGAGAAGGACGUUGUGGUUCAGGAGGUCAUUCAGGCGGCGUCCGUUGUCGGGUCAAAGAAAGGCAAGACGCCGGAACCCAAAGAGAAGUCUGUGGAAACGGUUCCCCACGUUCCGUCUUCUGAGGCAGCCAAGGAACCUCCAGCAUCUUCAGCGAUGAAGACACCAGGAGAAAAUGGGCUGUCAAACUCCAAACCCGAGGAAAUCUCUCGGGGUGCCCCACCUCCCGUUCCGAAAAGGGACGUGAAGAAAACGCCCGGCGGGAUUGUGGAGACCGUCGAGGUCAUCAAACAUCAGGUUGGCAAGGUGACAGAUCUUUUUCCCAAGCUCGGGAAGAAGGGAAAAGGAGAAAAGGGAGCUCCCACCGUUUCAGCAGCUGAGCCUGGUGCUGCUAAGGGCUCUCCAGCCAAGGAGCUGAAGGAAACGCCUGGUGGAGUUGUGGAGAUUGUCCAGGUGACCAAGCACGAGGUGGCAAAGGGACCAGAGGAAUCCCCGACAAAAGUGAAAGGCAAGAGUCCCGAAAAAAAGUCGCCACCAGAAGCAGAUGCCAGCGCAGAGAAGCCGUCUGUGACAACGAAGAGGGAAAUCAGGGAGACACCCGGAGGCCUGAUGGAAGUCGUCGAAGUUACCAAGCACGACAUCGGCAGGAUGCCGGAGAUCGAUGGGACCUUUUCCGUGGGUGCCUUGGAGGGGGACCCAUCCACAGUGGUGCAUCGGGAAGUGAAAGAAACACCAGGGGGUCUCGUGGAAGUCGUUCGUGUAACGAAGCACGAGGUGGGUAAACUUCCCGAAGGCGAAAGCCCCUCUGUGCUUGGAGACAAAAUUGCAGACUUAGCCAAGGCACCAGGAGCUACCGAAGGAGAGCCGUCCACUCUGGUGAGGAGAGAAGUGAAGCAAGUGCCCGGAGGACUUGUCGAGGUUGUCGAAGUGACCAAGCACCAGGUGGGCAAGGCUCUGGAAGACAAACAUUCCCCAAUGCACGGAAAGUUCCCAGAAACCCAAAUUCCUUGGGAGGCCGAAUCACAAAUUUCUGGGGCAGCGCCAUCCACCAUUAUCAAACGCGAAGUCAAGGAACUUCCAGGAGGUCACGUAGAGGUUGUCCAGGUCACCACGCACGAGGUUGGAAAACUUCCCCAGGCCAGUGAUCUUCCGGGGCUGGGCGAAUCUGUUUGUGAUACAAGCAUUACGCAGAGGAUCGAAACUCAGAUUAUCGACGGCAAGCCAACCGUCGUCCGGAGAACCAUCACGUCCACUCCAGAAGGUGUCACGGAGGAAAUUGAACCCGUCGAGCCGGAUGAGAGCCAACCUUCAGAUAGCAGCUUCUUUCCAAAGAUGGGUGACCUCGCAAAAUUCAAGGAAGACCCAUCUGCUGUUGUCAAACGAGAGGUGAAAGAAAUUCCGGGCGGAGUCAUGGAAGUCGUGUCUGUCACGAAACACGUCACUAGUACAACUCCUAGUGUGGAAGCUGGGGACUCGCUGUCAUCCCAAUUUCCUCCAGGCUCUUUAACCUCCGAAAGAACGGUCAGCGAAGCCUUGUCAGACUUUCCGGAGGGCAUAGACAGAACGCUCCCAGGAGUCACCAGGACAACAGUCAUCAAGAAGGAAGUUUCUGGACCCGAUGCAAUAGUACAAACCACUACUUCGGUUGUAACCUCUGCCACGGCCCCCAAAGGUAAGGAUGACCUUUCGGCCGAUCUUCUGGACAAGAUGUUCAGCGAGACUAAGCCGUCUCAGCCCAAGGACAGUCCCCUGAAGGAUGUACUGACCCCUGCUAAAGUUCGUGGAGCUGCUGGCAAGGUCACGGCGGAAGAAGCGGAGUUGUUGGCCCAACUCUUCCCGGAGCAAGAAGGGGCUGGAGUGACGAUGUAUCCUCCGGCAAGCCGCACGCCGGAAGCGGCCAUCAUUCCCGAGUACCGGGGUUGGACCACUGCCGAGGCCACAUCGCCCGUUGACCCCGAGACCAAGGAGCGCAUCUUGCUUACGCUCGGCCGAGCGCUCAGCCAGGACGACCUCGAUGCCCCAUCACCGACAAGAGGUCAGGCUGUCGUGACCCCAUCUGAAGAGGACCUGAAGGGCCAAGUGGCAGAACCUCCGAUUGAGAGGUUGGAGUUGCCCAGGAGGAUCUCUGAUCCGCCCAGGGACGAUGUGCCCUCGGUGCUUGCAGCAGGAGCACACAAGGUUACAAAAGCCACAAAAACCCCACCCCCUUCUCCAACAACUGGUUUGCACAAGAAAGACGAACCAUUGGCUAAGACAAUGGCAUUCAGGACCAAGCCUUCCGAGGACACCGUAGUGACCUCUACGCAGGUGAAAGAUGUACACGACGAUGGCACGGUCAAGCACACCGUAACGACGGUGACUAAGACCACUAUCUUCCAGGAGAUGGACGAGCCCGGCAGCCAAGGUCCGGGAGCGGCCCCCAGGGCGGGGGAGUCCGAAGCAUGGGCCUCCGACCUGGACACGAGCCAGGUGUCGGUGUCCAGCCUGCCCGAGGACGAGAAGACGGAACCCACUGCCACGCUGUCCAGCAGCGCCACCACCACCACUGCCGAGCGAGACGCCUCUUCGUCCGAGCCCCUGCUCCACACACAGGUCGAGGAGAAAGAGUGGACCGAGACCGACCCAGACUCUGGUGGAGUUCGACACGUGAUCCGCAAAACGACGCACACCACCGUGACGUCGGGGAAGCAAGGAGAAAGUGCGCUCAGAGGCGGUGCCAAGUCUACGGCAGAAACUCGCACGACCACAAGAGAUCACCACCAGCUGUCUGACGAAGAAGAAUCUCUCACCUUUGUCCAGAAAAAAGAGUUUUUUGAAAAGCUGUCGGAGCAUUCGCCCCCCAAAGACAGCUCGAGGGGCCGGCUGGGGAGCACCCCUUCUUUGGACACCACCCUCACGCGCCCCGUGGCCACGCAGAAGCCCAGACCACGCUCCGAGAGCCUUGCCUCGCAGGGAGAGAUUGUUGAAGAAAGCAUCGUGUUCUCGGAGAGGCUCAGGCUCUUCCAGGACAAGGACGACGGUAGUGCAUUGCUGGAGCCCAGGGAGGCCCCUGCGGACCUGGAGCGGAUUGAGCAGCAAGUGCGGGACGUGCAGUACCAACUUCACACAGAGACUGGCCUCGUUCCAGACUUGGACCAAACGGAGCUGCAAAGAGCGCAGGCGGGACCACGAACCGAACGGGCCCCCAGUGACGUGCGUUCAGAUGUGUCCAGCACUCCAGAGAGUCUAGAUGGCAAGAGUGCCACAAGACUACUGGUUCGCACUAGUGAACCUGGCAAAGAAGCCUUCGACAUGCGUACUACGGAAUUUUCAGUCUCUGAAGGCGUCCAGGAGCAGCAGUUUGCACGUGUGCUUGUUCGCUCUCCUGUACCCGAAGACGGCUUUGACGAAUCUCCCGCCACUGGUGCACCGGAACAGCUGGACUCUGCUCUGCACAGUGCUUAUCGGGAGUCACCAAGGCCUACUCAGCAAGAGAGGGACCACAUGGAGGGACGUCCCAAGGCUCAAGCCAAAGGCAUUGGUGCUUCAGUGGAUACGACUGCACCUGAAAAGCAACUGGCCGCAGAGCCCGAGGAGGAGCGCGAGCAAGUCGCCACGGCGGGCCCCGCGGCCGCCGUCGCCACCGUCGCGACCGGGCGCAGCGCGGCGGGGGGUCGGGAAGAGAAGCGCUCGCCCUUGCUCGAGGCGUCGCCUCCCGAAGAGACGGCCUACCGCGCCGAACAAGACAUCUCGCCGGCGCAAGAGUACCCCGACUACCUCACGCCCGAGAUGCAAGUGCGUGUUGGCGUAUCUCCAACAGAAACAUCCCCUGGGCGCAGCAAACCGCGAGACCAAGUGUCUGGCACGGAACAGGCCGCCGUGCACCCCUUGGAAUCGUCAGUGGAGUCUUCUUCCGACGUGUUCUCGCCCAAGGCACCCGCGUCGGACACCAAUGCAAUGGCAUUCGAGAACGUGGCAUUCGCCGGCGAAGACGUCAUCGAUGCCUCUUCAUCGCCCGUCGAAGAGUCUGGCUCCAGCCCCGCGGGGAGUCGCAGUCCCUACGAGGUCGUACGCGACGGCGCCACGGAGAAAGCCGAAGCCACGGUGAUGGGGGCUCACUUGGCCCUGCGAACCGAGGAGCCGCAAGACGACGACGAGAGGAAGGAUGAACCGCCGGGCGAAAAGCGGGUGACACCUACCAGGCCUCGGUCGCUGCUCAAGUCUGACGAAGGCACACCCGAAAUGCACGUGGGUUCGGAGGCGGAGCUUCGGAUCGAGACCCACGUCUACGGCGAAGAGCUCAACCAGCUCGUCGAGGAGAGUGCGCUUGAAAAGAGAGAGUUCUCGGAAGGGCUUCUCGGGGCUGGCCUGCUGAGCGUCGGCAUCGGUGACGCACGCACGCCGGAGUCUCGGAGAGGCGACAGCGACGAGGACGAAGAGGAAUGGGCCGAUCAUGUCUUGUCCAAGAUCCAGGGACGACCAAUACCGCCAACGCCCCCGGCGUCCCCGCGCGCCAUGCAAAGUGCCGUGGAAAUUGAGGAACAGGUCACCUGGGAGGCCCCCGUCGUGGAGCAACAGGAACUGAGCGUGGAAGUGGUGCGCGAGAUUCCGGCCGAGAAGCAGGUGAUUGUGGAGCACGACGAAGAGGCAGACAAAGAGAGUGCCGUAGCCGACGAGGACUCUAUUACCGCUCGGAAAAGGCCCCUCUUGGAGCACAUUCCUUCCGAGAUAUCGGACGAAGACCUCGUGGAGAGGGAGCAGUCGCCGACGCACAUCUCGGCCACUUGCCGCGGGGACGGGAAGGACUCCUCGUCGGAUAGAAACUCGUCCCCCGACAGCGACGGUCCUAGGACAGGCGGCUCACACCGUAGGUCGGCGUCCGAGGCCGCUGCCGUCAUGGUGGAGACGGAACAGAAGCAACCACCUGACGACAACAAGUCCAGUGAUGGUGAUCAUGGGAAGAAAGCGGACGAUAAGAUUACAAAGGAUGCUGCAUUGUCUGACGAGGCGAUGGGUGUGAUUGAAGAGGAGGCACCUAUUGAAUUCUUCGCAGAACGUGAGGCACACACACCAGACGAAGCCCAAGGUGUCCCACACUCGAGCACCGGAAAGUUUUCGUCGAGUUCUGGCUCGCCUCCUCAGAGAAAGAGCGACGGCGAAAGCUCUGCAACCGGCGGCAAGUGUGAAGGGGCAGUCGUCUUAAGGUCUAAAGCCAGGACCUCUGCGAGGAAAGAGGAAAAAAGAGUGUCUCGCGAAUUAGACACGGGUCACUCCGGUUCGGAGACUGACCAGAGCCACUACUACUCGUUUGAAAUGACGUCGGACUCUGGCAAGACUCCCGGAGUCAGUCGACCCACAUCGUCAGAAUUCGACCUGAACAUUCUCAGUGGACAUGCGUCUUCGGAAUACGAGACUUGCGUCACAUCCCAAGAUGGGGAGGCGUCUGGCUCCUACGCCACUGCUGCCACUUCGUCCCAGGAGGCGUCCUAUGCAACCGCUCGAUCCUCACUCAGCGGAAGCUCGCGUGGGUCGGCCUACUCCGUUGACUCCGAGAGCUCCGGUCAUCUCGGCAGUCUCGAGGCCUCUUCGGAAGCAAGUGAAACUAUUGUUGCCUCGGCUCACGAAGAUUUAGACUCCGACGACAAUGAAUCGCAGAGAUCGGUCUCUGGCCUCCGAGAGCCUUACGACGGGGACAUACCGGAGUCUGUUAUACGGGGUGGAGUAGAAGUUCCUUUUCUGCCCAGCUGGCAGUCCGUUCAGAAAGGCUUUGAUACAACUAGGGCUUCUACAGGCCAGAUGGUAGAAAGAAGGAGGGAAACAAGCUCAUUUCAAGGAGUCACCCGCGAUACUCUCGCCGAAUACAUGACUGGCUCGGUAAGAUGGCCGGCCGAGCCACAUCACGACGAACUUGACAGGAUAGGCAGGACCGAAGCUACCCAUGCAUCUUCCAAAUUAGAAGCGUUGAAUGGGGCUGCCGCGACCUCAGACGGGCAGCGACGGCCACGUUCUGUGGACGAGCCUGUGUCAAACGAAGAAGAACAGCUGUCUGUGUCUGAAAGUUCGGCCACACAAAGCGAACACACCUGGCAGACGAGCGUGGAAACCGUAGUAGACGUGGUGCAGACGCAGCGCUUCUCCUGCGACAACGAGCGCUACCAGCGGCAGUCGACGAUGCUUGAUUCGGUGCCUCUGCCCCUUGAUGAACCCGCAAUUGUCGGCGAUGCGAUGGACGCGCAAGUUCAAGAUGCAGCGGACAACGGUGCCACUCCCCCGUUUCGAGAAAUAAACGGCCCCGUGGAAGUGGACUAUGUCCCCGAGUACGACGACCUUGUUGCUCCUCCCAGAGGCAUCCGUCCACUGGAUCCGCUCGCCGAUGCGGAGUUUGUUGCGGCACCGGCAGAAGAGCUGUCUAACGCAGCAGAGGACUUCCUUCGUGAACAUACUGAAGCCGAAACACCGCUGCAGCAACAGCAGCAGCAAGUCCAUGAUGAAGAAUGUGAGGGUUUCUACGCCGAAACAUUCCAAGGUGAGCUUUCUACAGAAGAAGUGGAAGGUGCCGUCAGCUUGGCGGAUCGGCAGUAUGCUUAUUCUACCGGUAGCGACGGGUUAUCUAAAGAUAAUGCGACGACGAAGGAGCCCUUUGAGCGCCCAGCGACCCCAGAACCGCCAGAUGAGAUCGAGCUUCAAGAGGAUGAUGGCUGUUUUCCAGAGAGUGACCAGCUCAAGAGCUCACAAACUCGGCUGGGCAGCAGGGAACCCAAAGCAGCUGCUGCGGACAUUCGUGUCGUCUGCAGUCCCAAAACGGCUACAGUCGUAAAAGACGACCUUGAGGAUGCUUGUCUCAAUGAACCAGAAUCCAAUGGAUCUUUCGAGUUUGUCGAGAAGACCGACGUCAUGCAGACGACUUGCGAGGACGAACCAUUUGAGAUCAUUCCAGCACAGUCCGACUUUUGUCCCCCACAGAGUUGCUGCCUUCCAGAGAAUAAGCACGCUGCCACAAAGGCUUACACAAGCAAAUGCGAGGACUAUCUGAUGCACAUGCAACAGACCUACAAAUAUGGCACCAUCGUGGAGAAGAAUGCUAGUGAAGGUUCAUUUCCUCCGGAAGAAGCAAUGGACGUGGAGAAUGUCAACCUGCUCGCGGGCAAGUUGCAGGAGGGGAAUGGCCAGCAAGGAUUUCCGUAUGACCUGUCCUACCAGCAAGAGUACGCCGACGAUGGUCGCGCCGAAUACGGAGACCUGUACACGCACCAGGAAGUGGAAGAGGAGGACGACGACAGGUCUCGCUCACGGAGUGGGCGGAGGCUUAGCCCCAUCUCUGACGAGCGUGGCUCCACCCCCGAUUACGACACGCUCGCUGGGCGCAAGACUUUUGGCAAGGGAAGCGAACGGGACGACGCCUCAACAUCCUCCUUGAUGGAGUUCGAGAGGCUCGAAGCCGAGAUGGCAUCGGGGGGAAAGUCCUCCAGUGUGGGCUCCAGCGACUCAUUUAGCGGUCGUCUGCAGCAAGCGCGCAACGGAGGCAGCGAGCAGGACAGUGUGUCGGUCAAUUCCCUGACCGAGUUUGAGAAACUGGAGAAAGAGUUGGUCGAAGCAGAGGGCGUGGACGGCCGCCUCCGAGAAGAACCCGUGGCCAGGCUGGACGAAAUCGACGAAGGCCACGAAAGCCAGGCGUCGGAUCCAGAUCAAGAACUGUACGAAGGCCUUCUCCGGGUCCGUGGCGCCCUGACGGAAUCUGGCCUGCAAAAGUUUGUUGUCGAAACGGAAGAAGCCGACGGUCACUCGGGGCGGACCCGACCCGACACGCUUGCUGACCACUGGCGAGACAAAACCCAGGUCGAACGAGAUUUUACAUCCGAGCACACCGAGAGACACUUUUUGACGUCCCGCACCGAGAGCGGACAUUCGGUGGACAGCGUUGACAGGCAAAGCUCGGCCUCGACGGCGACUCAGUAUGAUGCAGAUUCGCUGAAAGAAAGAGAGAUGGACGAUUUUGAAUCUAAUCAGGCACCCGAGACCCUGGGGUGGACAAUGAAGGAUGCCGCGGACGUCGACCAAGACUCGUUGCACGAGUCAGAAAGACACGACUCGCUCCAAGAGUACCCUAGUGAGGAAAAGGACUCCCUCCAGGGGAUGGACCCGUCGGCAGAAAUGGAUUCUCUGCAGGACGAUGGGAACAACCUCCAGGACUCGCUGCACGAAGCCCGAGAGAUCGAUUGGGACUCUUUCCACGGCGAUGAUCUCCCGCGCGAUUGGCACCGGCAGCCGAGUCCCAUCCGCACGACGGAGCUCUCCCCAACCAUGUCUCGUCCGGCAGUGUCGCCACUAGUGGCACCGGUGGUCAUCGAGCGCAUCGACACGCUCACCUGGGUUGGGCAGGACGGAGAACCCGUGUUGUUUCCAGCCGAGCGCUUGCAGGGUGAUGCUCUCGUUUCCAGCACCGACUCGCUGGAACCUAGCAGCUCAGCCAACACACACGCCACUUAUCAAUUCGAAACAGACUCAAUGAUGUCGUCCAGCCUGACGUCGGCUGACGAAUCCACCAUGGUGUCCAGCACAGACACACUGGACCAGGAGGCAGUACGGUCUGGAUUGCAAGGACGUACGCCGGCAUUAGAGAGCCCCUUUCAUGGUGGGGACGACACCGUGGAUUCGUUGCUCGACGAAUCUGGCGAGUUCUUCUUUGAUGGGAAUGCAACGAUGCGCCGAGUGAAGCGACGGCCCCUAGAGGGUGGGCGUCCCCCGCCGGACGACGUCGAAACACGCUUCCGGGAGUACCUUCUCCAAUCUGUUGUGACGCCCGCGGACGAGGAACAAGUAGAAGAGCGGCAGACACUGGACGAGCGCGGCAACGUGGUUGUGACGCGCACGGUCAAGCGCCACCUCACGUCGGAACCGCAGUUGCACACGCAGACUUUCUCCGGCUUGGACGCCGAAGAGCGGAGCCGCGCAUUUGUGGCCUCCUUCUCGGCGGUGCAGCCAUCGGCCGACAAGGACGAAUACGAGGGCUUUGACGACGCAGGCAAUGCGGUACGAGUCACACAGCGCGUGCUGGUCAAGCCUUCCGUGAAGACGGUGACCUUCACGGGGCCGGACGCCCGUGCCCAGAUGCAAGAAUACAUGCGCAACUCGGGCGUGGGGCCGCAGUCUUCGGCCGAAAACACCCCGACAUCGGACUCUGGCGUGGGCGUCUGCUCGUCGCUGGCGAGCCCUCCCGCGUUAGCCCCCGACCCCCCCGCCACAACGCUGCCCUCCACGGCUUGGCCUGGGCUUCGGCGCUUGUCAGGCGGAGACCAGUGGAUGGAGGAAGAGUCGGCUUUGGAUGAAUCAGCUCAACCUGUCGCCACUUCUCGUGUGAUCACAACUCGGACCAUCCGAACUGUCUGUCCCGACGGCCAGGAGCAGGUGGUGACCACCACGUCCUGCGACGACGACAGCGAGGUGCGCAUGCGCCGCAGCAUGCAAGGCGUCCUCGACAGCUUCCUGGCGGACUCCGGGCCUCCCGCUCCGACCAGGGGAUACCUGGACGACAACGAGGAGUAACCGCAGUCCAGAUCGAGCUUCUCGUACCAGCCCGCUUAUUUAUACUCCCGUAGCACACCACAAAGUUUUGCACUUCGUGACGGCUUUCGUCGAGUUUCACCCGACCGCGUGAUACUACUAGCGUCGUGUUCCUCUUGCGUUGGCGUUUGCACGAUGGGCCCGAAAAGUGCAGUGCAAACUGCCGUUCCAGAUGCUCUAGACAGCUAUGUAUACAAUAUCGUUCCGUGUCAAUCGGCUUCAACGCUUUAGCGGCAGCUCUCAGAGUCGUCCUUGCUUCAUUUAGGCGGGUGGGCGUCCCAGAUUCGGGUAUGGCUCGCUGUAAAGACGGCUCUCGGAUGGCUGUAUGCAGCUUGGUCGUUCACUGCCCUCACGGAUGGUCGCUUAGAGGCAAUGCAAAGUGCAUCGCUCGUGCGAGCACCUGCGCGCCGGGCCUGACGUGCGUUCCAGUUGAGUCCUUAUGAAGUCCUUGUUUCUCUCAACCCUCAAAUCAAUGUUUUUCUUCUUUUUUUUUUCGUUCCUUCAGAGGAGUGCUUUUGACGUUAGCCCAUUUCCAUAGGAGUGCGAAAUGCCGCCAUGCUGCUGUGCUGUAGAGGCGCCAUCGUGUAUGCGGAUGUUUCUGUAUUCUAGAAAAGCAUCUGCCGUCUUUGGUUUCUAAUGCUGGUACAUUGGUGGACAUUUAGGAGAAGCCAGCUUAUUUUAUAUUAUUUGUUUUUGCACAUGUGCAUCAAUUGCCAGGUUUGUCGGGGCAAAAACGUUGACAAAAAGACUUGUCUAAUCACGUUUAUCGUGCUUCUUGUAAAACAAAUACACACAAAAACAUGUUCAGAGUUUGCAAGUGGUAGCGUGUUUGUGGCGGAACGUUGGCGGCGGCUGGGCUGUUUGCUCGACGCUUGAGCCAUAGGUGAUUUACCACACCGUUUAUGUAAUCUCAUUCACGUGCAUGUUCUUGGCUUUCAAUAAAACGCAAUUUUUCCUUACAAA